AUCCUUUACUUCUAUGAACUUUUUUUUGUGGGUUAGUGAAUGCACUUCUUUUUUUUUUCUGAUUGUGACACCAUUAAAUUGUUGAGGCAGUUCCAGUGUGAAGACUGAUUUCCUACUCUUGUUUGAUCUGUUCUGUUCUCCAUUUCAUUAUUGAAAUGAGCUAGGUUCUUCCUUUUCACAAAAAAAAAAAAAAGAUGAGCUAGCUCUUCUUUACAUUGUAUUUAACCAAAUGUCCACCCCCUGCCCGUUUUUAUCUCUCUGCUGGAUUAAGCUUCCUGUCCUAUAACCUUAACCAUAUGUAAGUUCGAAUUCUGUCAUCACUCCUUUGUUUGAGAAAAUGUUAAGUGCCAGCGAUGCAGGGCGGAUCGGGCGUUUAGUGCUACCAAAAAAAUGUGCAGAGGCCUACUUCCCACCAAUCUCUCAGCCCGGAAGGGUUUACCUCUUAAAGUCCAGGACUCAAAAGGCAAAGAAUGGAUAUUUCAGUUCCGCUUUUGGCCCACAAUAUAGCAGAUGUAUGUUUUAGAGGGAGUUACUCCGUGCAUACAGAACAUGCAGUUACAGGCAGGUGACAUAGUGACAUUUAGUAGGUUAGAUCCAGAAGGGAAAUUAGUUAUGGGAUUCAGAAAGGCUUCAGCAGCUCCAUCCUCUGAUCAGGACAAUGAAACGGCCAUGGUUAGUAAUGGAGUUGCUACAAAUGGAGAUGUUGACUUUGGAGAUCCAAGUUCAUGGUCUAAAGUUGAUAAGUCGGGAUAUAUAGCAAAAGAAGCUAUUGGAGCGAAAUCAAUGUCGAGGAAGAGGAAGAGCAGCACAUUGGGUUCAAAGAGUAAGCGUCUUAGACUUGACAGUGAAGACCUGAUAGAACUGAAACUAACAUGGGAAGAAGCACAAGGACUGCUCCGACCUCCUAGCAAUGUUCCAAGCAUUGUGGUGAUAGAAGGCUUUGAGUUUGAGGAAUACGAGGAUGCGCCAAUACUAGGGAAGCCAACAAUAUUGGCGACUGAUGAUACUGGAGAAAAGAUUCAAUGGGCUCAGUGUGAAGAGUGUUUUAAGUGGCGUAAACUGCCUGCUAAUGCUGUUCUUCCCUCCAAAUGGACUUGUUCUGGUAACUCAUGGGAUCCAGAAAGGUAGGGCAUUCAUCAAUUUGUAUUUCUAAUAGACAGGCAUGUCCGCAUUCUGCAGUACUAUUUCUGCUCAAAUUGUGUGUUUGAUCAUCUUUCAAACCUCAUCUGUUAGCUGUAACAUUCUGAAAUAUUUUUAUUUUCUAUUACCCCGCAAGCCGGAUGGUUUGAGGGCUAAGCCACAAUUGCGUAA